GCGAAUGGCGGGCCGCCGAAUGAUACCGCUGCUGGUGCUGGCGGCCGCGUUCCUGGCCGCCGCCGCCGCCGGCGCUGGCAGCAACAGCAAGUCCUCGGCGGUGUUCGAACUGAUCCACUGGGAGCGGCCGACCUGGACCGAGCUGGCGCGCAAUGACCGGGAGCGCAUGGCGUUCAUCUCCUCGCGCGGGCGCCGCCGCGCCGCGGAGACGGGCACGGCCAGGGCCAAGCCCAGCAAGGCCGCGCCCGAGUCCGAGGCCUUCGCGAUGCCGCUCUCCUCGGGCGCCUACACGGGCACCGGCCAGUACUUCGUGCGCUUCCGCGUGGGCACGCCCGCGCAGCCGUUCCUGCUCGUGGCCGACACCGGCAGCGACCUGACCUGGGUCAAGUGCCUCCGCCCCGCCGCGGCCGACGAGCCCGCCUUCGAAGCCGGCUACGGCUACGGCGCCCCGGCGCCGGGCGUCUCCUCCCCGCUCCCGGCGCCGUCGUCCUCCUCGCCGCCGCCGCACGGGCGCGUGUUCCGGCCGGACGACUCCCGGACAUGGGCGCCCAUCCCGUGCUCCUCCGAGACCUGCACGGCGUCCCUGCCCUUCUCCCUCGCCGCCUGCCCCACCCCCGGCAGCCCCUGCGCCUACGACUACCGGUACAAGGACGGGUCGGCCGCGCGCGGCACGGUGGGCACCGACUCGGCGACCAUCGCGCUGUCGGGGACGGGGCGCGGCGCGGCGGCGGCCGCGGCCAGCAGCAGGAGGCAGCAGCGGCGGGCCAAGCUGCGGGGCGUCGUGCUGGGCUGCACGACCUCCUACAACGGCGACAGCUUCGUGGCCUCCGACGGCGUGCUCAGCCUCGGCUACAGCAACUUGUCCUUCGCGUCGCGCGCCGCGGGGCGCUUCGGCGGGCGCUUCUCCUACUGCCUCGUCGACCACCUCGCCCCGCGGAACGCCACCAGCUACCUCACCUUCGGGCCCAACCCGGCCCUGGCGCCGGCCGCCAGGACCGCCUGCGCGGGGACGCCGGCGGCGGUGCCCGGCGCCAGGCAGACGCCGCUGCUGCUCGAUCACCGGCUGCGCCCGUUCUACGCCGUCACCGUCAACGGCAUCUCCGUCGACGGGGAGCUCCUCAAGAUCCCGCGCCUCGUCUGGGACAUCGAGAAGGGCGGCGGCACCAUCGUCGACUCGGGCACGAGCCUCACGGUGCUGGCCAGCCCGGCGUACCGGGUCGUGGUGGCGGCGCUGAGCAAGAAGCUCGCGGGGCUGCCCCGGGUGACCAUGGACCCGUUCGAGUACUGCUACAACUGGACGUCGCCGUCGACGGGCGAGGACCUAGCCGUGCCCGUGCCGGACCUGGCCCUGCACCUCGCGGGGUCGGCGCGCCUGCAGCCGCCGGCGAAGAGCUACGUGAUCGACGCGGCGCCCGGCGUGAAGUGCAUCGGCGUGCAGGAGGGGGAGUGGCCCGGGGUGUCCGUCAUCGGCAACAUCCUGCAGCAGGAGCACCUGUGGGAGUUCGAUAUCAAGAACCGACGGCUCAGAUUUAUGAGGUCGCGGUGCACGCAAUGAUCGGCCCAGCGAUGAUCCGUCAUCGUCCC